GGCCAAGCCUCUCACUCAUUUGCAGCUUUGGUUGGGGGUGUAGGGGUUAGGUGCUAUUGUGGUGUUUUAUUUACGGGUUUCGUUUUAUUUUCAGGGGAUUUGGACUCCUUUUUGGAGCACAAUUUCGGAACCAAUGCGGUCUUAAGAUUGUAUCAGUAAUCACUGGAUCUCAAAAUAUUUUUAAUUGCUAUUUUAAGUUAAUUUUUUUUGCGCUAUAUUUACCGACUGUUUUAAAUCAACAUUUUAUUUGUUGAAUUUUAAGGAUUUUUUUUAUAGAGCGAUAGUGUUACUUUUAUCUAUUCAGUUGUGCACGCUGUAGUAAUGGCGACCUCAACCCCCACCAGCCAAAGACAAUCCAGCAGGCGAAGCAGCAUGAGCACCCCGCUCAGCCCUACGCGCAUCACCCGCUUGCAGGAGAAAGAGGAGCUUCGGCAUCUUAACGACCGCCUGGCGGUCUACAUCGACAAGGUACGGAGCCUUGAAAGUGAGAACAGCGUGCUCCAGCUGCAGGUCACCGAGCGGGAGGAGGUGCGAAGUCGGGAGGUCACAGGGCUUAAAGAGCUCUAUGAAACUGAGCUGGCCGAUGCCCGCAGGUCGCUGGAUGACAUCGCUCGUGAUAGGGCUAAGCUGCAGAUCGAGAUAGGCAAGAUAAAGACCGACCACGACCAGCUUCUGCACAGCUACUCCAAGAAAGAGUCUGACUUUAAUUCUGCACAAGCCAGACUUAGGGAUCUUGAAGCUGCUCUUAACUCCAAAGAUGCUGCCUUGGCUACUGCACAGAAUGACCAGAAAGCAUUGGAGGAAGAAGUGACCGACCUUAAAGCAGAGAUUGCACAGCUUACAGCCUCACUAGCACUGGCACGGAAGCAGCUUGGCGAGGAAACGUUGUUUAAGGUGGAUCUUGAAAAUCGCUGCCAGUCUCUUACAGAAGAGCUUGAGUUCCGCAAGAACAUAUUUGAAGAGGAAAGCAAGGAAACUAGAAGACGACAUGAGACUCGCUUGGUGGAGGUGGAUUCUGGUCGACAGAUCGAUUAUGAACAUAAGCUGGCUCAGGCUCUGGUUGAUUUGAGGGCACAACAUGAUGAACAAGUCAGUUUGUACAAGGAAGAGCUUGAACGUACAUACGAAGCGAAGUUGGAGAAUGCUAAGCUGGCCUCUGAGAUGAACAGCUCUACAGCAAACAGCACUCGUGAGGAGCUUGCUGAAAGUCGCCUGCGCAUUGACAGCCUCACCUACCAACUUUCUGAGCUGCAAAAGGAGUCGAGAGCAUGGCAUGAUCGCAUGCAAGAGCUGGAGGACCUCCUUGCUAAGGAAAGGGAUAACUGCCGCAGGAUGCUGGCAGAAAGAGAGAGAGAAAUGGCUGAGAUGAGAAACCAGAUGCAGCAGCAGCUUACUGAUUAUGAAGAUCUUCUGGAUGUCAAACUAGCCCUUGAUAUGGAAAUUAGUGCCUAUAGAAAACUGCUGGAAGGUGAAGAAGAGAGACUAAGGUUAUCACCUAGCCCAUCGUCUCGUGUUACGGUGUCUCGGGCAUCAUCAAGCCGCAGUGUUCGCACAACCAGGGGUAAACGGAAGAGGGUUGAUGUGGAGGAGUCUGAAGCCAGCAGCAGUGUGAGCAUUGCUCACUCUGCCUCUGCCACUGGAAAUGUGUCAAUUGAUGAAUUGGAUGUGGAUGGAAAGUUUAUCAGACUGAAGAACAAUUCUGAGCAGGAUCAGCCCUUAGGAGGCUGGGAAAUGAUCAGGACAAUUGGAGAUGCAUCUGUGAAUUUCAAGUUUCAUUCAAGAAGUAUUCUGAAAGCCGGUCAGACUGUCACAGUCUGGGCUGCUAACGCAGGAGUACAUCCAAGCCCCCCUACUGACCUUCUUUGGAAGAACCAGAACUCCUGGGGCACUGGUCAAGAUGUGAAAGUAGUCCUGAAAAAUUCUCAGGGAGAGGAAGUAGCUGAGCGAAAAACUGUGUACACAACCACUCUACCUGAAGAGGAGGUGGAAGAUGCUGAGGAAGUAGAAGUAGAAGAAGCAGAAGAAUUUCCUCAUCAUCCUCAACAGAAGGAGAAAAGCUGUGCUAUCAUGUGAAACCAGUCGCCAUGCUGACCCCAACCUACAGAUCUGAGCCUUUUGGAAGCACAGCAUAUUUUUGUACCAAUCUAUAUAUUCUUUUUUUACAUUGGCAGCCUUAAUUUCUUUUAUACAUGUGAAAGAUAAAACUGCAGGGGCAUUUUAAAAUAUCUCUUAACAUGCAAAAUGUGAAUUGAGUUGUGCAGGCAGGGGCUCUGGAUAGACUGUUCCUAGGAGUGAAAUAGUUCUCCAUAUGUGACUGUAAAAUCUGCACGCAGCGUUUGUUUUUGCCACCUGUUCUCUCCGUUUCUAUAAGAAGGUGGUGUUCACUUGGAUUAUGCAGUGUCUGAUACUUCCAACUUUUUUGUUUUUAUUGACUUUAUUUCCUACCACACAAUCAAGAUUUUGAAUUUUUCAUAAAGCUUUUGUUCAAAGGAGUUUGUAACCUGUGGGGAAGAUGCAGCUGUUUUUAUUAAAACCUUUUUUAGAAUGGUGGGAGGGUGGUGAUUGUAGCAGUUUUAAAAAUGGUGGAGACCAUUGUUUACUUGCGUAAAAUGAAAAAAAUAAAUGUUUUUUUUUAAUUGAU